CCAGGCAAAGGAAGACUGUCCUAUCAUUCUAGGACCCUUGACAUCCUAGGUGGAGACCUAGAGAUCACUUCCUAGUCAAGGGCAAAGGGCAAACCUCUCUGUGGGUAAGGUUCAUCCUUCAGUACACACGAAGAUUCUCCAAAUGAAGGUUUUUCUGCUCCAACCCCACUUCCCUUUGUUCAUCUACCAAGUUCCCAGUCUACACACGCUGUGGUACUGACUGUGUUGACCUGGGAAGCCAUCUUUAUCAGAUACCCACCAUUUAAGUGCAUCUUAAGAUGACAUGUACUUAUUGAUUCCCUUACUGUGUGUUAUGGAACAUUAGCAAUGUACAGAAUGUGUUUAACAUUGUAAGACAAAUUCUUUACAUUUGUAAAAUUCUUUUGCAUUUGAUUUAUAGUAAACGUUCUGUGGUUUAUGUGGGAUAGAUCGAAUGAAGCCCACUUUACAGAUCAGCUUUUCUUAAUCACUUGGCCUUCACUGUUACAGGGAGGAGGCAGAUGCCCUACGUGAAGGUCUGAACGAGCUGGAAAGAGCCAUGUAUACAGAGGCCGAAGAGCAGCUGGCUAGAGAGAGGUUUUUGAGUGAGUUUCCCAAGUUGAAAGUGGAGCUUGAGGAGCGCAUAAGAAAGCUUCACGAGCUUGCAGAUAAUGUUGACAGGGUUCACAAGAACUGCACCAUCUCCAACAUAGUAGCCAGCUCCACUGGCGCUGCAUCUGGCCUCCUGUCCAUCCUUGGUCUGGGUCUGGCACCUUUCACAGCAGGGGCCAGUCUGGCACUCUCGGCUGUUGGUGCGGGGCUGGGAGCAGCAUCUGUUGUGACCCAAGUGGCCACCAACAUCAUGGAAAACUCAAGCGAGUCAUCUGCAAAAGCCCAAGCCAGUCGCCUGUCAUCAAUUGAUUUUGACAAAGGGGAGGUAGUUGCCAAGGUUCUGUGUGAUACCAUACCCAAGAUUUCUUCCUCAACAGGUAAAUGCAUCCAAGCCCUGCAAAACAUUGCAAAGAAUGUUCAUGCCAUCAAGCUAGCCAGAGUCAAACCUCGCCUAGUAGCCAAUGCCAGGCGCCUCAUGAGAGCUCAGAGAGUCUCAGUUCGAAGUAGCAGGCAGGUGCAGAAAGCUUUUGGAGGCACUGCUCUUGGAAUGACCAAAGGAGCCCGGAUCAUGGGUGCGGCCACCGCAGGUCUCUUCCUUGCAAUGGAUGUGGUCAACCUUGUGAAAGACUCAGAGCACUUGCAAAAGGGGGCAAAGGCCAAGUCAGCUGACGAGAUGAGGCAGCAGGCCCAGGAGCUGGAGAAGAACUUGGAGGAGCUCACCAAGAUCUAUGAAAUUCUGAAGGAGGGCCCGAAUCCAUGAUCCCCGAGCAGGGCAGGGAGCAGGGAC